UUAGUGACAAAACAUCAAUCUCUACUCUCUCAAGUCUUGCCAUUUUCAUGACAAGAAAAUAUCACACAGAAUCUAACAAAACAAACAUGCAUGAAAUUCAACUCUGAUCAAUCACAAAUCCCCAAUCCCUCAGUAGCAAGUAAUUAAUCCGAUGUUGAUUAUCUGAAUCUUGCAGAGCUAUAAUGGAAGGCAACAAGCCCCUAAUCCCGCCGCUCCCUAGAGACCCCCGCGGCUCCCUCGAAGUCUUCAAUCCCUCCUCCUCCGCCGCCACCUCCGCGCCGCCGCCUCCGUCAAAUCCCGUUUUCCGGCAGGCCCCGUCGUGGAAGAGCUGGUCCAGCAACCCGGAGCCGGAGCCGGAGAAGCCAGGCUUCGCGUCGAAAUCGGGAAGAGCAGGCGCGUCGAAUCCCGACGGCAUCACCUCAUGGAUGGCGCUCAAGGACACGGCCGCGCCGCCGCCGAAGGCGCUGGGCGAGAUAUUGAACGAGCAUGCGGCGAAGGGGGCCACCGUGGGCGCGGCAGCGCAGAGGGCGGCGGAGUGGGGAUUGGUGCUGAAGACGGAUGAGGAGACCGGGAAGCCGCAGGGAGUGAAGGUGAGAAACUCCGGCGACGAGAAGGGGAACACGCGGAGGGAUUCGAAUAACUCUAUCCGAAGCUCCGGGGAUCAGUCCGAUGAUGGGGGAGGGAAAGAGAGGGGCUUUCCCAGAGUCUCUGAAGAUCUCAAGGAUGCAUUGUCGACGUUUCAGCAGACGUUUGUGGUGUCGGAUGCAACCAAACCCGACGCCCCCAUCAUGUAUGCGAGCGCCGGGUUUUUCAAGAUGACCGGCUACACUUCUAAGGAAGUUGUAGGCCGGAAUUGUCGGUUUUUGCAGGGGAAGGAGACGGACCCGGAGGAUGUGGCGAAGAUUCGGGAGGCCUUAGAGACGGGGACGAGCUACUGCGGGAGGUUGCUCAACUACAAGAAGGAUGGCACUCCCUUUUGGAAUCUUCUCACUAUCACACCAAUCAAAGAUGAAACCGGAAAAGUCCUUAAAUAUAUCGGAAUGCAAGUGGAAGUGAGCAAGCACACCGAAGGAAUCAGGGAGAAAACCACCCGGCCCAAUGGGCUUCCCGAAUCAUUGAUCCGUUACGAUGCUCGACAGAAAGAGAUGGCGACGAGUUCAGUAACAGAGCUAGUCGAAGCAGUGAAGAGGCCUCGACCAAGAGCUCUCAGCGAGUCCACCAACCGCCCCUUCAUCCGCAAAUCCGGCGACCACGAAAUCUUCGACGCCCCAACUCGCCGGAGCUCCGACGACAAGCCGCCGCCUGUCCGCCGCCACUCGCAUGCUGGCACUCGAACCUCCAUGCAGAAGAUCAACGAGCUUCCCGAAAAGCCUCAGAAGAAAACCUCCCGCCGAUCUUUCAUGGGGAUUUUGAAGAAGGGGCGGCGCUCGAGCACUGAAGAUCUCGAGCCGGUGUUCAAUGACGACGAGGAGAAAGAGAACGGUUACUCCUCGGAGAGCGAGGACGAGGGGAGGCCGGACAGCGUGGAUGAUAAAGUGAGGAAGAAGGAGAUGAGAAAGGGUAUCGAUUUGGCCACCACUCUUGAACGUAUAGAGAAAAACUUCGUCAUCACUGAUCCAAGGCUUCCUGAUAAUCCUAUUAUUUUUGCUUCUGAUAGUUUCUUGGAGUUGACAGAGUAUAGCAGAGAAGAAAUCUUGGGUAGAAACUGCAGAUUCCUUCAAGGGCCCGAAACUGACCCGUCAACGGUUAGGAAGAUAAGAGACGCCAUCGAUAACCAGAGGGAGGUCACGGUCCAGCUCAUCAACUACACUAAAAGUGGCAAAAAGUUCUGGAACUUGUUUCAUCUGCAGCCUAUGCGUGAUCAAAAGGGAGAGGUGCAAUAUUUCAUAGGAGUGCAGCUAGACGGAAGUCAACAUGUCGAGCCGCUUCACAAUUGUAUCCCUGAGGCCACAGCAAAAGAAAGUGCAGUACUGGUGAAAGAAACUGCUGCAAAUGUUGAUGAUGCAGUCAGAGAGCUUCCAGAUGCCAAUACGAAACCCGAGGACUUGUGGAAGAAUCAUUCGAAGGUUGUUCAUCCAAAGCCUCAUAGGAAGGACAGCCCUUCCUGGCAAGCUAUUCAGAAGAUUCUAGACAGCGGGGAAGAGAUAGGAUUGAAACAUUUUAAGCCCGUGAAACCAUUAGGAGCCGGUGAUACUGGAAGUGUGCAUCUCGUAGAGCUAUGUGGAACAGGGCAAUACUUUGCAAUGAAAGCAAUGGACAAGGGCAUGAUGCUCAAUAGAAACAAGGUGCACAGAGCUUGUGCGGAAAGAGAAAUCCUAGACAUGUUAGAUCACCCGUUUCUUCCGGCUCUGUAUGCUUCAUUUCAGACUAAAACUCAUAUCUGUUUGAUUACUGAUUACUGCCCCGGUGGAGAGCUCUUUCUUGUACUCGACAGGCAGCCUACAAAAGUGCUGAAAGAAGAUGCUGCAAGAUUCUAUGCUGCUGAAGUUGUAGUGGCACUGGAGUAUCUUCACUGUCAAGGCAUAAUCUACAGGGACUUAAAGCCGGAGAAUGUCUUACUUCAAGAUAACGGGCAUGUUGCUCUCACGGACUUUGAUUUGUCGUGCUUGACAUCUUGCAAGCCACAGCUUCUGGUCCCAGAGAUAAAUGAAAAGAAAAGGAGUCAGAAAGGUCAGCAGCCUCCCAUCUUCAUGGCUGAGCCAAUGAGAGCAUCGAAUUCUUUUGUUGGUACUGAAGAAUACAUAGCUCCGGAAAUCAUCACCGGUGCUGGCCAUACCAGUGCAGUAGACUGGUGGGCACUUGGGAUUCUUUUAUACGAGAUGCUGUAUGGAUACACCCCAUUUAGGGGAAAGACGAGGCAGAAGACAUUUGCCAACAUUCUUCACAAGGACUUAAAGUUUCCAAGAAGCAAAGAGGUGAGUCUUCAAGGAAAGCAGCUGAUGUAUCGACUGCUACACAGAGAUCCGAAAAACAGACUAGGAUCACGCGAAGGAGCUAAUGAAGUUAAGCAGCAUCCAUUUUUCCGCGGGAUAAAUUGGGCUCUAGUACGUUGCAUGAGUCCUCCUACACUUGAAGCCCCACUGUUUGAGGAGAAAGAAACGGUUGAUCCCGGGCUCGAUGAUCUGCAGAAGAAUGUGUUCUAAAAGGUAGUUAUGCACUCCUUGUCAAGGUUUAUGCAAUUGUGGUGGCUGAAUCUGAUGAUCCUGAUAAUUUUGAGCUCACCACUCAAUUCCUUUUUUCUUCGGCAUGUUGUUGUAGACUGGAAUUCUAUAAUCUUUUUAUCCUUUUUUCUUUCGAUCUUUGCAAGUUGUGAAAUAGUUUGUUUAUUGUAUCUCAAUUCUUUGUCACAUGUUGUAGCGUGAGCUUGUCUUGUUUUGUACAUUGUUUAAGUUGUGCAACAAUAAGGUUGUUUUAUAUGA